UAUGCAAGAUGGCGGAGAGCUUGCCGGAGCAUGAGCGGAUCCUGCAGGAGAUUGAGAACACGGAGACGGCCUGUGUGGGACCCACCUUGAGGUCUGUGUAUGAUGAUCAGCCAAAUGCACACCAAAAGUUUAUGGAAAAAUUGGAUGCAUGUAUACGUAACCAUGACAAAGAGAUUGAAAAAAUGUGCAAUUUUCACCAUCAAGGAUUUGUGGAUGCCAUUACAGAACUUCUUAAAGUAAGGGCUGAUGCAGAGAAACUAAAGGUCCAAGUUACUGAUACAAACAGAAGACUUCAGGAAGCUGGGAAAGAGGUGCUAGCUCAGACAGAGGAAGUCAUCCAGGGUAGACUUCAGCAGAGGAAUAUUACCACCGUGGUUGAGAAACUUCAGUUGUGCCUUCCAGUAUUGGAGAUGUACAGCAAAUUAAAAGAACAGAUGAAUGUCAGAAGAUAUUAUUCUGCUUUAAAAACAAUGGAACAGCUAGAAAACAUAUACUUUCCUAGAGUUAGCCAGUAUCGGUUUUGCCAAAUCAUGAUGGGAAACCUUCCAAAACUUCGUGAGGAAAUUAAAGGGAUUUCCAUGUCAGAUCUGAAGGACUUCCUGGAGAGCAUUCGGAAGCACUCAGAUAAAAUUGGUGAAAUGGCAAUGAAGCAGGCACAGCAGCAGAAAACCUUUAACACUGCUCUUCAGAAGCACAGCAGUGUGUGUUGUGGAAAGAAUGUAUAUAUAAAUAGCAAUGGAAUUGCAGAAUCAAGGAGUGAAGAGAUAUCAAAGCAAAGCCUAGAAGAUGAAGAAGAACAUGAAGAGGAGGUUUUGACUGCUCAUGAUCUGGUAGAUUUUUCUCCUGUUUACAGAUGUCUACAUAUUUAUUCAGUUCUGGGUGAUGCAGAAACAUUUGAAAACUACUACAGAAAACAGAGAAGGAAACAAGCAAGACUAGUUUUACAGCCACAGUCAAACAUGCACGAAACAGUAGAAGACCACAGAAGAUACUUCAGUCAGAUUGUAGGUUUUUUUGUUGUGGAGGAUCACAUUUUACACGCAACCCGAGGACUCAUAACAAGAGCUUACACAGAUGAACUUUGGAACAUGGCACUUUCAAAGAUUAUUGCUGUCCUUAGAACUCAUUCAUCCUAUUGCACUGAUCCUGAUCUUGUUCUGGAGCUGAAGAAUCUGAUAGUUGUCUUUGCGGAUACCUUGCAGGGUUAUGGUUUCCCUGUCAACAGACUGUUUGAUCUUUUAUUUGAAAUAAGAGACCAGUACAAUGAGACGCUUCUUAAAAAAUGGGCUAUAUUGUUCAGGGAUAUUUUUGAAGCAGAUAAUUACAGUCCAAUUCCUGUAUCAAAUGAAGAAGAGUACAGACUUGUGAUCAGUAAAUUUCCUUUUCAAGAUCCAGAACUUGACAAGCACCACUUUCCAAAGAAACUUCCAAUGUCACAGUCAGUGCCUCAGAUUUAUAUCCAGGUUAAAGAAUUUAUUUAUGCAAGCCUUAAAUUUUCAGAGUCACUUCACCGGAGUUCAACAGAGAUUGAUGACAUGCUUAGAAAAUCUACAAAUUUAUUGCUGACGAGAACUUUAAGCAGUUGUUUACAAAACCUCAUUAAAAAACCUCACAUAGGUUUGACAGAGCUGGUGCAAAUUAUCAUAAAUACAACACAUUUGGAACAAGCAUGUAAAUAUCUUGAAGACUUUAUAACUAACAUUACAAAUAUUUCCCAAGAAACUCUUCACACAGCAAGACUGUAUGGUCUUUCAACAUUUAAGGAUGCAAGACAUGCUGCUGAAGGGGAGAUUUAUACGAAACUUAACCAGAAGAUUGAUGAAUUUAUCCAGCUUGCUGACUAUGAUUGGACAAUGACUGAGCCUGAUGGAAGAGCUAGUGGCUAUUUAAUGGAUCUGAUUAAUUUCUUAAGAAGCACUUUUCAGGUUUUUACUCAUUUGCCUAAUAACAACAAUGACUAUGCAGCCAUGUCGGGAAAAGUAGCUCAGACGGCUUGUAUGUCUGCUUGCCAGCAUCUCUCAACUACCCUGAUGCAAAUGCUGUUGGAUAGUGACUUGAAACAAAUCAGCAUGGGAGCCAUCCAGCAAUUUAAUUUAGAUGUCAUACAAUGUGAAUUGUUUGCAAGUUCUGAGCCUGUACCUGGAUUUCAUGGAGAAACCUUGCAGUUAGCAUUCAUUGACCUCAGACAACUCCUGGAUCUUUUCAUGGUGUGGGACUGGUCGACUUACCUGGCCGACUACGGGCAGCCCGGCUCCAAGUACCUGCGCGUCAAUCCUAGCACAGCCUUGGCCCUCUUGGAGAAGAUGAAAGACGUGAACAAAAAGAACCACCUUUUCGCCCAGUUCCGGAAGAACGACCGCGACAAACAGAAGCUCAUCGAGACGGUGGUGCGGCAGCUCCGGGGGCUGGCCAACGGGAUCGCCCAGCACCCGUGAAAGCCGGCCCCGCCCUGCCCGUCGCCGAGUCGGGCUCCCGCGAAGCUGGUUCCGGUGAAAGGGCCGCUGAUUUGACGGAGAACGGGAAGGAGGCCCUGGAAGGGACCGGCCGAUGGGAAGGGCCCUUUGCCCUGCAUUGCUGAGCCUUGAGAAGGAGGCUGGGCCUUGCCAGGGGGGAAGCGGGGCCGACUGUAUCGGCGAAGGCAAAAUGCCGGGCUGUACUUGCCACGCCUAACUGUAAAUACGAUCUUCGGACAAGACUUGAAGAUCCUUCCCCCUCUCGCCCAGAAAGGCCAUUUAGUGUUUUCUGCUCCAAACUCGAGGUCCCAUUUUCCAAACAGCGAUUUUUCCGGACUCGGACAUUGCCUAAUUUCUCUCUCUCUCUCUCUCUCUCUCCACCCUCUUUCCCUCCAUUAUUUGUAUGUUGUAAGCCUUAAGCGAUCUUCACAUCAGAAUUUCUCCCUUUUUUCAGGUGGGGGGAGCUAAAGUGCGGGGAGCUUUUUGUAGUAUCCUUUAAACUACCUAAAUCGAGCUCGGCCCUGGUGAUGUUCGAACGACUUGACUGUGGGUAGCAGCUUCCCACCCCUGCAUUUUCCUCCGGGGGUCGGCCAACGUUGGAUGGGUGGCACUAGGAGGUUUCCUGUGUCCGGGGCCCGCUUCUGCCAAGGAGCGCCUUGCUGGAAAGACAAGCGAAUGUAUGGCAGCGCCCCGUAACUGGGACUUGUAGAGAAUAUCCUCCCUCCCCUACCUCGCCGCUGAUUAAAUUAUUUGACGGUC